AACGGCAACAGCGGCACAUACGGCACGUACAGCGGGGAAUACGUGAACCUGGACUCGCCCAUCCUCGCCCACGACGGCAGUGGGGACCACGAGAGAACGCCCCUGACCACAUCCAUCCCGUUCUGGGUGCGCCUCAAAUCCAAGUUUGUCAAGUCCAGCGUGCUGAACACGUGGUCUGGCAGCGACCCUGACCUUGGACGGACAUUGAACACAUUCGCAGGGGUGUUCGCGCCAGUGGCUCUUGGACAGUUCGCGAGCCAUUUGUUUCUGCGUACCGGUGAGUAG